CCACUCUGUCCUUUUCCGGCCGGGACGGCGUGGCAAGCAGGAGUGCAGCCACCUUCUCCUCUUCUUUUCUCUUUUGCUCCUUGUCCUCUUUGAGAAUGGAUCCGAAAUCCCUGCAGGAAGAGCUGCGUCUGUUCCAGAGCACUCUGCUCCAGGACGGCUUGAAGGAGCUCCUGAACGAGAACAAGUUUGUGGACUGCACUCUGAAGGUAGGCGACCGCUGCUUCCCAUGUCACCGCCUCAUUCUGGCCGCAUGCAGCCCGUAUUUCAGGGAAAUCUUCUUCUCGGAGGAUGGCAAGGUCAAGGAAGACCUCAAAGAAGUGGCGUUGGACGACGUAGACCCCAACAUCCUGGACAUGAUCAUAAAGUAUCUUUACUCAGCCGAGAUUGAGCUCACAGACGGAAACGUUCAGGAGAUUUUCGCGCUUGCUAACCGUUUCCAAAUCCCAUCUGUGUUCACUGUGUGUGUAAACUAUCUCCAGAAGAAGCUCUCCCUGUCUAACUGCCUUGCCAUCUUCAGACUCGGACUCGUCCUCAAUGUACCAAGGUUGGCCGUAGCUGCCCGCGACUACAGCGCCGACCGCUUCGAGAGCCUCAUCAAGGAGGAGGAGUUCCUUCAGCUGGCACCACAUGAGCUCUUCGCCUUGAUCGGGGCUGACGUCCUGAAUGUGGAGAAGGAGGAAACUGUGUUCGAGGCACUCAUGAAAUGGGUGCGCAGUGACAAGGAGAAGCGAGUUAAGGCUCUUGGGGAUGCGUUGGAGUGUAUCCGUUUCCGUCUGCUGCCUGAAAAGUACUUCAAGGAGAAGGUGGAAACCGAUGACAUCAUCAAGGCCGAUCCCGAGCUCCAGAAGAAGCUGCAGGUCAUCCGAGAUGCCUUCAAGGGAAAACUGCCCGAGAGAAAAAAGAAGGGGAAGAAGGAAGGAGAAGAGGAGGAUGAGGAAGAGCUCCUGCCAGGUUACCUGAAUGACAAUCGGAGAUUGGGGAUGUACGGACGCAAUUUGAUCCUCAUGGUCAACGAUACAGCAGCAGUAGCAUACGAUGUUGCAGAGAACGAGUGCUUCCUUGCUGCUAUGGCUGAGCAAGUGCCAAAAAACCAUGUCAGCAUUUGCACCAAGAAAAACGAGCUCUAUGUCGUCGGCGGCCUGUUUGUUGAUGAGGACAACAAAGAGAAUCCUCUUCAGUGCUACUUCUAUCAGCUGGAUGCGCUUGGAGCUGAUUGGAGGGCGCUGCCCCCCAUGCCAAGUCCUCGCUGUCUCUUCGGCUUAGGGGAAAAUGGGAAUCUGCUUUUUGCGAUUGCUGGAAAAGAUCUGCAGACUAACGAGUCACUCGACUCGGUCAUGUGUUACGACACUGAGAAGAUGAAAUGGAGCGAGACAAAGAAACUUCCACUGCGCAUCCACGGCCACUCAGUGGUCUCACACAACGGCCUGGUGUACAGCAUCGGGGGCAAGACAGACGACAAUAAAGCUAUAAACAAGGUGUUUGUGUAUAACCACAAGCAGUCUGAAUGGAGGGAGCUCGCCGGUAUGAAGACCCCCAGAGCCAUGUUCGGAGCAGUGGUGCACAACGGCAAGGUUAUCGUCACUGGAGGAGUUAACGAGGAGGGACUGACCGCCACCUCUGAGAUCUACGACUUCACCACUAACAAAUGGGACACGUUCACUGAGUUCCCGCAGGAACGCAGCUCUGUGAACCUGAUGAGCAGUGGUGGGAAUCUCUACGCCGUUGGAGGCUUCGCCAUCGUAGAGCUGGAGAACAAAGACGUCGGACCGUCUGAGAUCACUGAUGUUUGGCAAUACGAGGAGGACAAGAAGCAGUGGACUGGCAUGUUAAGAGAGAUGCGUUACGCCUCCGGAGCCUCGUGCGUAGCCAUGCGCCUCAACGCUGCCAGGAUGCCCAAACUCUAAACACAACCUCUCUUCAAGUGUCACUUCCUGUUCAGAUGCCCUUUAACCCCAGGGCCCAGCUCUGUCCAUGGGGUCAAAGGGCAUCUCCAUGAUUAAUCAGUUACUCAAGAAGAAACAAAACAAUUGAGUAACAAAUGUGUGUGUUUAUGUACCGUAUGUUUGACCAUGGCUUUGUCUCAAAUCGCAUACUUAUACUGUGAAGAAUCUCAGUGAGACGUAGUGCACUAUUAAUACCUGGAUGAUGGGCUAGAACCAGAGACUGUUUGAAACUUUUUGCACUCGUGAGUCACAUCCUGCAUGAUGUAGCAGAAGGAGCAGAGCCUUCAGAAGCUGUUCCAGUUUGAAAUUUUCAGCAAUAAAGAUGCAGAUUAGGAGAGUAAGAUUUAGAGCAGCCACUUUGGAUUGUUAAUGGACGGUUGUUGCCGUGGAGGCUUUUCUGACAUGAUGUGACAUUAGUGUACUUACUGCUCUACAAACAUCCAGGCACUAGGUAGUCAAAUACGUAGUGUAUAGUGUAAGAGUCCAUAGUAGGCAAAUUUGAGACAGAGCCCAUGCCUGAAUUUAGGGUAAAUGUAGGAUAUUUACAUAUAUCAGCUUUAUAAUACUUCAUUACUUCACUCAGAUCUUAAGCUUUUUUUUUUUUUAAAUAAUUAUGCAAAAUAAUGUAAACAACAGACAUGGCCAGAUUCUACAGCUUUCUUCUUCUUCUUCUUCUUUUUUUUUUUUUUUUUUGUAAAUUGAACAAUUAAACAUUUUUAAAACACA